AUGAGAGCAGCGGGGGCAGCCACCUACGGGCCACAAGGACGAGGCAGAGAGCGGAGGAAGGAUUCGGCCGAGGUCGAGUGCUACAGAUGCCGUAAAAUGGGACAUGUGGCAAGGAAUUGUCCCAGCGCGUAUGAGGAGAGGCGACGGGACCGCAGGAGCGACGCGCCACGCCGAGGGGGACAGCGGGACUCCAUGGCAGCAGCGACGGGGGAAGAGCAGCAACGAGGAGCCACAGACCGCUGGGAGCGCUGGGCUCGACCCGACAGGAGCGCCAGGGACCAAGAAGGACCCUGCCCCUGGAGCGCCUACAGAGAAGCAGCAGAUGAUGGAGACGAGGACUACUAUGAAGACCACAGGCCCGCCCCUCUGACCCCAGGCCCCACCCCUCUGACCCCAGGCCCUGCCCCUCUGACCUCAGGCCCCACCCCUCGGACCCCAGGCCCCGCCCUCUGA